GGACUAAAAAGAAAAUUGUAGUUACUAAUAACCAACGUAAUAAACCGCCCGAGGUGUUCAACUUUGAUGGCCGCUGAAAAAUAGAAGGAAAUCCCGUUGACAAAAUUGUAUACUUUAUACAUUGAAUUAUUGGUAAGUAGAUCCAAUUCUUUUAAAAUUGUACGCGAAUUUCUCCCAUCUAGUUGGUCAUCGAUUAAAAAAUUAGUAAACAGUUACGAUUAAUUAAGAUGUGUCAUCAUCAAAUUUGCCUACACCUUUAAGAAACCCAUAAAUUAUAUUAAUAUUUCAAGUACUUAUGUCAAUUAAUUUACCAUUUCUCCAGGUCACUAUACUAUUGUUCGUUUAUUAUAAACGUGCUACAUUUUUGUUAACAUCCGGGCCGUUCAAUCUUAACAUCAACAUUUUGCUCAAGCGUAAAUCAGCUUCAUCUAAAAUUUGAAUUGUUUUUCCAUAUAAUAUCUCAGCUGAUGCUUUUCCAAUAAAAUAUGUGCCUAACUAAACCAUAAGAUGAAACCAUAAUUUUAGAACAAUAACAAUAUCAAAUUAAAUUUGCAACUCUUUGUUUCCAUUUGAGUUAGUGGUCUCAUCAUAUAGUACACUGAAAUUAUCUUAAAACAAAAAAAUACUGAAAGCUCUAGACAUAUAAAAGUAAGACGAAAUAAGUUUAUUGGUUUAAUUUGGUAAGGCUUGUUUACAAUAAUACCUUAUAAAAUAACUCUUAUGUCAUACAUAUCCUUAUAAAAAUUAGGUACAAUUUUCAUGCCAUAUCAUUUACCUAAUAAUCAAUACAAAUAUUUACUUUGAACAAUUUUCCAAUUAAUGGAUAAAAAGUUACCUACUGUUAUUUUACUAUUAUUUCUAUACCAUAUUAUUUUGGUAUAGAAAUAUUCGUUUUUUUUUUUUAACAAUAGAAUUUUGAAAGUUAGAUAGGCAAUAAGCAGACAAAUAGAACAAUUUACAGAAACUGGGUUAGCUGCAUUGGUAAAAACUUGAACGAUGGCAAUAAAACUCGGUUAAAAAAUUAAUUUUUAGAUGUCGAUUAGACAACUGAUAUUAAACCAAAAACAAUACAAUUUCAGCAGUUGAAUAAACAAACAUUUUGUACAUAUUUGGGAACCACUGGGCUUCCUUAUCAAAUAUUGUUAGUGGAACGUACGUUAAAAUAAAAUAUUUGAGUAUAUUAUUCAAAUUUUUAUUUUAUAUUUUAAUACUACGGUCUGUGGCCUACAGGCCGGUAGGAAAUGGCCAUUGUAAGCGAAUGGUGGAGAUCAACCGAGAAUAAACUCAGAAUUGUUAAGCAAAAUCAGGUCGGGUUGGAUUUCAUUUCGUGAGCAGUGUGUUAAUAUGCGACCGGACUGCAUUGCCCAAAUAUUAUUUAUUAAUGCACGUGCCUUGUGUGCAAUAUAAUUCACAAAGUCGAAUAUUGUAUCUCGGUGGAUGUUACACGUAAUCAUAUAUUACAAUUUGAUACGUAAUUACAAUAAGGUACAACAGUAACUGUCUUACUAAUAUAAUUUACAUGGUAAUAAUUGUUUUUAAUAAAUAUUUAAUCUAAUGGGUCUUAUAAAAAAAAAAAAAAAACCCGUAAUAUUAACAAUAACGAUUAAGUACUUGAAACUAAAUUUUAGAAUAAGUGGGGUUGCUCACUAUUGCCAAGACGCACAAUCCGGGUUGUUAUCACUGUGAACGACUGCUUAUCACGCGAUCAGCAGGCUUUCAUAACAAUCAUAACAUGUGGUUAAUUGUAAUUAUCUACAAACAUUGGAUGUUACUUUUGUGCUACUAGUGUUUGUUUAUUUUGCUGUUAAUCUUAAUAAACUCUAGUCAAUUUAUUUUUUCACUUACUCUGUUCUAUACUUACAUACGUAUUUUUGUUUUAAACUUUUAUUUAAAUAUCUAGUGUGUACCAUUUGGAUAAUCAAGUGAGUUUGUUUUAUUUUUUAAUAUCUAUAACUACCUGUAUAAAUUAAUCCAAUUUAUUCAAUAGCAAAUCUGUGAAUAUCAAAUUAUUUAAAUUGUCCUUUAAUUUAUUGAGGUUUUAACAUUUGGCUUCUUCAGGGAAUGAAAACAACAUUUUUGUUUUUCCUUAUAGCGGUUCUACUCUGAAUAUCUAAUACCUAUAAUAUAAUAUAAAAUAUAAUUUAGGUUGUUUAAGAAAAAUUGUUUAACUAUAUUAUACAGAAAUGUAUAUCUAUUGAAAUAAAUUAAAAUGAUUUUAAUUAUUAUACCUAGGUAUCUAAUUAUUUAGUUUUGUUAGUUUCUUAUUAGUUACUCAUUUUAUCUUGAAAAUACAUUGUUGUAGCUUUUAUACAUGGGUAAUUAGUUUUUUUUUUAUUAAAGAAAGACCUAUCUGUUUUGUUUUUAUAUCUCAAAAAAUUAAAUAUUCUUUGUAAUAAAUUUAAAAAAAAAAAAUUGCGCAUUAUAUAUUAUCAUUUUAUAUAUUUUUUGUUUAUUAUCAAAUCCCUCAAGUAUUACUGAGGUAGUAUAGUAGUUGCAAUACCUACUACUACAUAAUAAUUGAAAUAAUAUUGUUAAUAUUACUAUUAUUUCAUUCAUUUUAUGAUAGAUACUAUUAUAAUACUUAGUACUGUGUUACAAUUACAAAUAACUUGAUAAAUAAAUAUCUGUCUACUGUAUGUACUUGUGUAUACAUAUAUGAUUUUUCUUUUACUGAUAAAUUGUAACUUACAUAAUAAUCCGAGCUAAUUACUUAGGUAUUAGCGCUUAGGUAGUAAUCGUUAUGCCAUGUAUUUUUGCAUAAAUUUUUGGUCUACAUACUUACAUAAGGAUGUGUACUAAAAGUUAAAAAAAUAUAUAAUUCAAUACAAGGUUUUUAUUUUCUUAAUGCAGGAAGCUCCUAGGUAACAAAUUAGAAAUUAUAUUUUGUUUUUUAAGUAUAACUCAUGACCUCAAAUAGGUUUAUAAUUAUUUCUUUCAUUGCCAAGAUAACAAUACGUAGUGUGUAUAAUAUAGUGAUAUCAUUUCAAAAUAAGUCAAACAGUUAAUUCCCUUCUGGUCACUAAUUAUGUCAAUCUCUGUAAUCAGCAAUAGGUGUAGAAUUUAAAAAAAUGAAAUCUAUAAAUUGGUAACUUAUAAAGGCUAUGGUCCCUUUGCAAUUUCUUAAGCUUUUCUGUCUAAAACUAUAUCAAUUAUCAGUGUGUAUUGUAUUGGCAGUGCCGUACUUAGCAAAAUCAAUGUCCGGUGCUAGAAAAAUGUACUAAAAAAACCUUAUAUGUUAAACCUGUCCAUUGGCGUUUACUUGUAUGUUUAUUACGUUUAUUAUAAAAAUAUUCAAUUAAAAAACUACACAAUUUUCACUGUUAACUAGUUUAUAUUUGGUGCCUCCUGGUCAUAGCACCCAGUGCACAUGCACCUCUUGCAUUCUCUCUAUAUAUAUAUUUUAAUACAUCCAUUAAAUUAUUGUUUUUGUUAACAUGUAGGUAUCAGGAUUAUACUACAUAUUCUUAUUAGUGUUAAUGAUAAUUGUAAUUCACUUUAAUUUGUUAUUGUUGUUCAGUUCUACUUUUCAUUUCUUGUUAAUUACAUUAUAAUAUUGUUAAAAGUUAGAUUAGUAAUAUUAUAUUGACUAUAUUAUAUAUACUAAUUUAUUUAUUUAUAAUAAUAAUUCUCAGUUAACUUCUUUUAUAAUAUUUAUAAAAUACAAACAAUUCAAAAUAUAUAAAUUAUUUAAGUGCUGAUAAAACUAAAAUUAUAAUUAUUACACAUUGAAUUAUAGAGUUUUAUGAACCAUUAUUUAUUUAUUUCACGAAAAAGAAUUUCUCCUGAGACAAUAGCCUAUAUGUUUACAAAUAUUAAUAAUAAGAAUAAAAAACGAUUAUUGGUAGCCAUUCAAAAAAUAAAUUACAACUAAUAAGAUUAAUAAGUUUUGCAUUAUCCUAACUAAAAGGGCUGUAUUACCAUAAUUAGUUUGAUAGAAAGGAAUAUGAAAUGCUGAGAUCUCAGGUUAGCUGAGAGAAUUGCAAAUUUAAGUUCUUCUGAGAACAAUAAAAUAUUAUAAUUUAUUGUAAAAAAACAUAUAUUUACCAUGAUACCUACCUAAAUGUGAAACUUAAAAUUACAUAGAAUGAAUAUAUUAUAGUAUUUGAUUUACUUAUAAUUAAAUGUAUAAUAUGAUAUAAUUAUUACUUAGAAUUGUUUUAAUUGAAAAGUAUUAUAUUGAAUUAAAACUCCUACAAUUCUGAAUGGUCCAUUCUUGCUGAGACUAUAUCUCCUUCACAUCAUUUGUUUAUAUUAUGUCAAUGAUAAAAUCAUUUUUUUAUUAAAUUAAGAGUUGGAUUAUGCUUUAGUCGAACUUCAAUUAUUUUGAAAUAGGUAUUUAAAUUUGUUUUUGCAUAUUAUUAAUAAUCGGUGUUCACUGCAUAGUUACAGUUUUCUUUCAAUUUAGUAAUAAGAAAUAAUACUUUAAUUUAGCCUUGAACUUUAUGCAAAUGGUAAUACUGAACAAAUUAUUAUAUUUAACAUUCACUGUAGAAACAAAAAUCAUACAUUGUUGAAGUCAUUACGUUGUAUAAGUAAGUUAUACUUGUUUUUAUGAUUAUUAUGACUUUAUAUUUUUUCUAAAGUAAAUUUCUUAUUAUUUUUAAUUAUGUUUCAAGCAUGGAUAUAAAAGUAAUUCAUAUAAAUUCAGGUAAUAACCAUUAAUAGAAUAAUAGAUGACUUAAUUAGCUGGAACUACAAUCUGUUACAGGUUACAAUAUAACAAACAUUAUUUGAAUAGCAAAAUAAAAUAAAAAUAUAGCUAAGCAAUAAUAAUGCAUGAGAUAAAAUAUUUAUAACUAAUUAAUAUUUAAUACUACAAUCUAAUAUAAACAUAUCUAGGUAUUUAAAUUAAAGAUACAUUAUUAAAUCAUUAACUUAUGUCUUGUACAGAAUUCUCAAUUAUUUUAUACUAGUACAAUAUUUAAAUUUCUCACUAUAGUAUAUUAAAGUUUCACAUUAACAAAACUUACAAUAAUUUUAAUAAAAGUUCCUAUUCCUAAGUAUUACAUUUAUUCAGAUAAGAAAAUUUAUUUAUUUCCAACCUCUUGGAGUGCAUAGCUAAAUAAAGGCGCCUUAUUUGAUUUUAAACCUAAUUGAUAAAAACAAAUUAUAUGAUUUUUAAAUUAUCACAAUGAAAUACUAAACUAUUACCUAUAUUUAAAUUUUAUAUGAUUCAAACAUUCUAAUAAUGUUAUUAUAACUAACAUAGUAUAUGAAAUGAUUUUUUUUUUAUAUAUAUAAAUAAGAUUAUUGUAUAAUGUUUAGCAAUUAUUAUGUGUAUAGAUUUAAUUAUUUAUGCUUACGAGGUUACAUGUUUGAGGUCAUUAGAUAUUUAUUAUUGUUGCUAAAAAGCUUAGAAAAAAAAAAAAGAACUAUCAAAUCUUUAUAUUUUGGUUAAUUACUGUGGUUUUUGUUUAAUAUUUUCGUUCUCAGUUUUGACUAGGCUUAGUUUUCUUUGAAAUAUUGGAGAAUUACGACGUGAUUUGUUUUCAUCCGCAGCCAAAUGUUCUGGUGAUGUUGAUUUGCUUUUGGAUUUAAAAUGCAUUUUAGUCGCUAAAUGCCUAAACCUAUAGACAAAUAGCAUUGUUUAAUAUUCAAUGUAAUUCAGAUUUCUAAUUAUGUUUUGUAUAACCAACCUAACAGGUACAUCAUUGCCUUCUUUAUCAUCAAAUACUCCUUGAAAUAAAAAUGCCAGUGGCCAACUUAUCCAUGAACUCCUAAAAAUAAUAAAUAAAAUAAUUUUUUUUAUUCUAAGUGAAGUAUGUAUUAAAUGUAUUAAUUUUACUAUAGUGUAAUCUUUUUUUUUUUUUUAAUCUGAUGAAAAUAUGUUGGAUUAACAGUUUUUGAGUAAAUUAACUACGGUUAAUAAAUAUUUGAAAUUGUUAAGGUUUUUUAAAUUUAUUUGGAUAAAAUUAAUUCGGCUUUAUUUAAAUUAUUGAACGUGAUAAUCAAAGUUCCACAUAGGUGGUUCUUAUUUAAAAAAUAUUGCGAAUUCAAAACUAAGUUCUUUUUUUAUAUAAUCGUGUUUAAAGUUGAAAUUUUUACAAAAAUCUUAAAAAUAAUAAACAUUUUGGAUACUUUUUUUUCGAUUUUUGUAAAUUAAAAAUUUGAUACAAGAUAUAUUAAAUUUUUACUGCGUGGUAAUUAGAAAAAAUGUAAGUGAAAUGUCGUUAUUUAUAAUUAUAAUCGUUUUUAAAGUUUAAAUUUAUGACAAGAUUCAUUAAAAACCAGAAAAAUUGUAAUUUAUUUUCUAGUUACAAAUUAGUAAAAGUUUCAAUUUCAAUUUAUUCGAACUUCACUCAGAAUCGUUUUUCGUUUGUAAUGAUUAAUUGUUGUAUACAGGAAGUUAUAAACUAAAUUACCCUAGAUUAUAAAAAUGUAGCUUUAUAGAUUUUGGCUUAAAUGUUUCAUAUAAAUAAUAAUUGGUCAAUAAACAAUCGUGCAGAUAUUGAUAUAUUAUUAUUUACGCUGGAUGUGAAAUUGUAUCUUCUGUAUCAUUUGGAGUUAUCGACGAUGAGUCAUGAAUGUCAUCAUCCAUUGAACUUAAAUGAGUGUGCCUGCGUGAUCCGGGUGAUGAUCUAGCGAUUUUUGGAUUGUAUAUUUUUGGAUCGCUGACCAUUCGUACAAAGAAAGAUCUCCUGUAAGCUAAAUCGUCCUUCUUCUUACGUUCAGUCAAUUCAAAUACUUCAUCCACUUGUUCCUAUUUUACAACAGAAAAAUUAUAAGAUACAUUUGUUCGUAAUAAUAAAGUUAAUACCAAGUCAAUUUCUGAGGGGAAGCGAUUGUAAAUCUGAUGUAUUUAAUAUGUUUCAGUAUAGGUAUGUCUAUGGUUUUCAUUGAAAAAAAGUAUUUUACUUAGAUACCUAUCUUGAGAAACUAAGUCUAAAAGUGAAAAUUGCCCUCGAAUCAAAACUAAUACAUAUCUUUUGUAUUGCAUUAGGGGAAUAAACUGUGGUAUAAAAUUAAAUACCAUUAACAUAAAUAGUUGGAAUUAGAAUGAAAUUAAUAAUUAUUUUAUUUGUACUAAUUUAAUAAUAAUGAUUUUUAUUUGUUUAAAAAAAAUAUAUAUUUAUAAAUCUGAGAUUAUUAACAUUAAUAUUAAAUAAUAAUAAUACUACUCUCGUGCAAAACAAAAAUAAGAUUUUCAUUCGCUUUACAAAUUAUUAUCUAUUUUAGUUAUAGUUUACUGACUUCUCGUUUCUCUGUGAGUUCUUGUUCUUUAUCCAAUACGAUUUGUGCUGCUUCUUUUAUAAUUUUCCAUGCGCAAUCUAUGAGUAUAUAUUAUACAUAUUUUAAAUAAUUUCUCUUGCACAUUUUUAAACUAAUUGCAUUUUGAUAAGAGUGGUUUUUCUAUAAUUUCAGUAAGUGUAAGUGUAAAAAGUAAUUUUAUCAUAACCAAUGAAAUUAUAUAACUUUUAUAGUAUUAUUCUAGAGUAAAAAAAUCACCGGGUAUUAUGACAAGUUAUAAACUAUUAUGUUUUAAAUUGAUUUUAUUUUUUAUUCUAUUUUAUUUUGUGGAACCAUAUAUAGUAAUAAAAAAAACUUAACAAUACAACAAAAUCAUCAAAUAUAUAUUUAUCUGGUACAAAAAUUAAAAAAAUUAUUAUAUGAAUCUUUUGAAUAGCUAUUUUUUAAUAUUCUUUUUUCUAUGUAUUUUGAAUAAAAACAGUAUUUAAAAGGGUUAAUAAUUUAUAUUUUCAUCAAAAUGAAAGUAAUAAAAAUAUUAUUACAAUUAAAUGAUUUAUCCAGGAAAAUUAAAAAUAUUAAUUCUGCUUAUUUUAUUAAUAAAAAGAUGAAAUAUAGUAAGUAUCCUUGUUUAAAUAUGAAAAACUACGAAAAGUACUUGAAAUUAUAUUUUGAAAUAUCUUACAAUUUUCUCAUUAUUUUAGGAUAUUUUCGUAUUAUUAAUGAAAUUUGAAAAAUAACCUUGCUGAAGUAAAAUUGCUGAUGUUAUAAUAUAUGAGCUGUAACACCGAGAUUUUAUACUUAAAAUACCCUUAAUCUAUUCUAUAUAUUUAAUUUUAUUUUAUUCUUGUAAUAAUUAAUAGAGUAUUGCACUAUGAUUCUUUUAUUUUAUAUAUUUUUUAAUUCAUGAAUUCAAGAUAGCAAUUUUAUAGAUAUAUUUUGUAACAAAAUGUUGGUGUUACAAAAUAUUAAAUUUACUUAUGAUGAAUCAUUCAUUUUUUACAAUCUAUUGAAGUUUAUAUUAAUUUAAAAAUUUUUCAUUCUCACUAUUAAGUAAUUGGUAGAUUUACAAAUUUGUUCAUGAAAAAUAACUUUGUUAAUAAUUUUUGUAAACUUCAAACGUUUUAGAAACUUAAAAAUUCAUUAUUAACAAAUAUUUAUAAUAAAAUGAUAUCUAAAUAUCCAAAUAUAUCUAUAAAAUGACCAUUUUAGAUUUUGUAACAUUAUUUUAAUUUUUGUAUAAAAAAAAUAUGAAAUAUAGAUGUCAUUAUCAUUGUAUAUGGUUUAGAAUUUUAUAUUAAUUCAUUUACCUCACCUCAAGCUUUGCUUAAAGGGAUAAAUUAAUUUUAAUGUAUUAUAUUUUAAAUAUUAAAUGUAUUGUAUGGACAUUUUUAGUAAAAAAAUUAAAUCAAUGUUAGGUUCUAGAAAUUAUCAAAAGAAAAACACUUAAAAAAAAUAUUGAAAAGAGCAAAAGUUUUUUUAGGUGUAAAAUCUUCUUGUUACACUCUGUAGAUAUAUAAAUAUAUAUUUAAAAGGUUAUGUUUAAUUAGGCAUUUUGAAGUAUUUCUAACUCCAUAAAGUGUUUUUAAAAAUUGGUAAAGCACACAUUAUUAUUCUUUAGUAGCCAUCAAUUAUUAUUAAUAUAUAUAAAAUGACAUUAUCAACCUCAGGAUAGGAUAUCAUGAGACAGACUUAGCGGGGGUGCCGCACAAACUUGGGUGCCUCCUACAAACCUACUGGUGGAAAGCCCAGGUGAUUUCGGUAGGCAUGUGAUAUUGUUUCUGUAGGCUGGAGAAAUAAACCUUUUAAUUGAUAAUAUCAUUUUCCCUAUUGAAGGGAAUCAAAAUGCUCCUAUGGAAUCUCCUAUCUGUCGUAUGAGAUGACCAAUGGGGCAAUGGGGUUGCCUUAGGUACCAUUAUGAAGUUGCCCCCCCACUUUGUUCAUUUGAUUUCAAAAUACCACCAAGUAAUUGCAAAUUAAUAGACACCUAGUAUAAUAUUAUAGUUUAUCAAAAAGUUGGAAACCUUCAUUAGUUUUGAUAAACCUCUAAUAUAACUAUUUUCUGUAGUAACAAGUUAUUGAUUUUAUUCUAUGGGUUUACCAAUAUUUGGACUUAGCAAAGUUUCCACUUGAAAAAGAUUAUCUUUUAUAACUAUAUAGGUUUCACUAUAAUUAUAAGGUUGUACUAGACAUAAUAUAAAUGUGCCAUGACCAAUAUAUUUCUUGUAAAAACGUUUUGAUUUUUGUUUUAGUUUUUAACUGACAAUUAAUACAAAACUUUGGUUAGUCUGCUUUAAUUUAAGAAACAAAUGCUUACAGUAUUGAUUAGGCUUAUGAUUAGGCCCUGUCACGAAAUUUUCAAUGGGCCUCUUUACAAAACAAUAAUUUAUUUUAGAUUCUGAGUGGAGCGAGGUAUGUAUGUAUUGGUUUCACAAUGAUGUUUUUUUAUUUUUAUUUUUCUGUGGACAACUUUUUUACCAGAAAUUUUGAUCCGAUUUACAAUGAUAGCACUUUUUCUAAAAGGAAAUUUGACUGGGGUGGUAUUUUUGGGAGGUCGUUUUUUUGAUUUUCCCAGGAGUUUUUCAAAUGAUUGGAAAAAACAUGGGAGAAUAGAAAAAUAGAUAGGUAAAAUAUUAAAUAAAUAUUAUUAAAAAAAAAUGUUUAAUGCAUAUGUAAUUAAUUUACCAUAGUAUGACAUAUUAUAUAUUGUUGACAAAGCAAUACUAUCAACCUAACCCCGUUCAAAAUCGUCUUUUCGUUAACAAUGGUUAACCAUUGUUUACAGAUAUAAAUGUCCUAAAUGCUAAAAUAUAAGAAUCUUGUCAAAGAUCUUGUUGUUGCAGAAAAGCAAGUAUUGUUCUGCAAUCUGCUUCAAUUCAACAAAUAAUGUUUUCCUAACUACUCCAGCAAAUUGAGAUAAUUUAUGUAACAAAUUAGAUAAAAACUCUUCUAAUGAAAUUUUACUAUUUUUUUUUAAGUAUCCCUUCUAGUGACGAUGCGAACUCACACUGUGAGAGUCUAGUGAACGGAUUUGUCCUACCCACCCAUUAAUUUAUUUAUAAAAUGCUUCCUCAUUUUAUAUGUUUCCCAUACUUAUAUUUAUAUACUAUAUUGUUGUUAUUAAAUAAGUCAUCUUUUGGAAAAAUACUGCUAGCUUUUGCUAGACCAACACUCAAAUUAUAAUUGUUUUAUUACUAUUGUCACUGAUCUGGUUGGGAGUAUAUGUUUUAUGUAUUACUUUCAGUUUUCAAGUACUUAGCUGUAUAAAAUAUUUUUGUAUGCCAAUAUUAUUCAUUUUAGAUUUGAUACUAGAAUAUAUUUUUUUUUAAAUUUUUAUUAUGAAACACCAUGAUUCUUAUAUAUUUAUUUACAUGUAUAGUGAUCUGAUUGGAUUAUUUAUUAUAUACGAUUUUAAAGUUUAAAUGAGAGUCGAGGAAAUAAUUUUUUAUUACUAUUUCCUAUAUUAUCAAUUCGUAUAUUAUGAAAUAAUAAUAUAUUUAUUCAAAAAUAUAAAAUUCUAAAUGUGAAUUAAGUAUCAAUUGAAAAUGUAUACAAUUUGUAUAAAUCAACAUGGUAAACAAAGUUCAUGUUUUUUUGGUCUAAGUUUAUAUUAUAUAAAUAUAAAUUAUAUAAACUCACAAGAUUUAUAAACGGUAAAUCUAAUAUUAAUUUAGUAUUAUGGUUGUUACAAUUUCCAGAAAAGUAUUUUUAUUGCCAUUUGAAAAUCAAAAAUUAAUGCUAAUUUAAGAUAUAAAGUGAAAUUUUGAAAAUCUUAUUAAAAUAAAACAUGAAUAAUUUCGUAACGAUUGAAAACAGAUAUUCACUUAAUAUCCUCAGAGAAAAUGAAUAAAAAAUAUGGCAAAAAAAAAAAAUAAAAUAAAUAAUUGGAUGUUCAAAAGUAAAAAAUAUAGACGAAUUAAUUAUUUUUAUAUUACCGAUAUCGUCUUCGGUAGCAUGCUCCGCUACGACACAAAACCUGAUGACAUACUUGUCGUGUACUAAAGCCGGCACCAUGUGAAGUUUCCCCGAUUCAUUAAUGGUUUCCAAGAGCUUUUUAUUUAGUUUAUUGGUCGGAUCGUUUUUCAAACGGAAACAAACUAAACCCAUCUGUUUAAAAAAAAAUUUUAAAAAAAGGUGAUUUUAACAAUAAAAAAAUAUUUUUUUUAAUAAUAAUUUUGUUUACCUUAACGUCGUUUAGAAUUUCAUACGUACAGUCACUCUUGACUAAUCUUUCGAAUCGCUUGGCUAGUUGACAGUGUUGUCUUAUGUAUUUCUGGAGCCCUGUAAUUCCAUACGUCCGUAACACGAACCAUAGCUUUAACGAUCUAAUUUGAAAUAAAUUAUCAUCUGUGAAUAUUUAUCGGAAUUUGUUUGUUUUUGGUUUUUUUUUUUUUUUUUUAUGCAAAAUAUUAUUAAUAAUUUCGAAUUGUCGUGGUAUAUAAGAUAUUGGUAGUGGUACCUGAAACGUCUACUCAACGGUAUGCCCCAAUGUCUAUAAUCCACGGCGCCCGCGUAACCGUGUUGCAAGUAAAGAGGGUCGACCACCAAAGCGCAAGUCAAUUUAAGCCUAUCUUUCACCCAAAGACACGAACAGUCGAAAUUCGUCAGCAGCCACUUGUUCGUGUUGAGAUUAAACGAGUCUGCGUAUUGUACGCCGUUCAUUAAAUACCGAAACUCCGGGCAUAUAAACGCGCUCCCUGCGUAAGCGGCGUCGACGUGUAACCAUACGGUUUCGAACUGUUGGCACACUUGUCCGAUUUCGACUAUAUUGUCAAACGAACAACAGGACGUUGUCCCUAACGUAGUAGACACGAAAAACGGUAUCAAGCCCAUCGCCUCGUCUUGUUCCAUCACCUAUAUGAAAUAUUUCGCCGACAAAGAUAAAUAUAUUACGUUCAACCUUUAAUUUUUGAUCGUAUGUUGUCAAUAUUGACCUCUCUUAACGUAGCGCCUCGUAAACUGUUGUAUUCGUCCGGCUCGAGAAUGCGUAAUUUAACGAACGCCAUCAUGGCGCCUUUUUCCACGCACGAAUGCGAUUCUUUAGAGCAGUAAGCCAUGAGUUUCGACAACAGAACACCUUCCUCGAUAAACGGAUGGAGUUUCCGCAAUCGUUUGAUUGCUUGUGCUCGAGCCGCCAACAUGCACACGAAUACGCACUCGCUCGCCGAACCCUAAAAAUAUAUUUAAAAAAGUUAAAAUCGCAUACCGGAAUGUAAAAAAAUAUUUUUUUUUUUUUACCUGAAGUACGCCACCGCCUUUACCGUUAUGUAUAUCGUUUGUGCCGUCUUUAUUUUUUGCGGAAUCGACAACGAUGUUAUUAAAUGUUUCUUCUGAAAAUGUUAAAAAAUCGUUCGGUAAUCCAAUGGCUUUACCGAGCCAAUCCAAAACUAUAGUCUCCAAUUCGGUACACGACGGACUUGCGGCCUUUAUACAAUAUUCGUAAUGUUAGUUAUAAAUUAAUAUUUGAAAUUUGACUAUACACGUCGACUACCUACGUCUUGAUUGAUUGUAUACUCACCCACGAGAACCCUAUACACGCUAUAGAAUCCGAUAACAUGUCUGCUAAAAUCGAGGGAAACGAAUUACCGGAGGGAAAAUAAGCGUGAAAUCUUGGAUGCUGCCAAUGAGUCACCUACCAAAUAUAUACAUUAACGAUUACUUUUUUUUUUUUUUUACAGAUUUUAUAUCAAAAAUUUUAAAGUAGAAUUCGAGAACAUUGUAAUAGCUGCCAUAAUAUCAAUAAGUAAGUCAACGUAUUAUUAUUUAUCAUUUUUUUUAAGAGGGACGGAGCAUAUUAAAAGCAUACAUAAAACAAACCAAUACGAAAAUGUGAGUGGAUUUGAAUUUUAAAAAUGUAUUUGAUUUUGUAUUCUAGGUUUCUAGUUAGGUGAAUUUUGAUAUUUUGAAAAUUGAAUGCAUACGGUUUGGUGUACAGAUAAUACAUUUUUUUUUUUUUUUUUAAUUAUUCAUAUUUUAACGAUAAAGUUAAAUAUCGUAAAUCGCUUUAAUUGAAACCUAUAAAACUAGAAGAUAAAUUCAAAUAGAUUUUCAAAAUUUGAUUCCGUCAAUCCCAAGCCUCACAGUUUCGUCUGGCUUAUUAUUGGUCUAAAACGUCAUAUUCGCCCGUAAAAACGACCGUACCACUUCUAUUUAAAUAAAUAACGGGCAGUAGAUUAAUAGAAAAAUCAUAACAUUAUUAAGGCGGUAAAAAAUAAUUUUAACAAACCUGCUCCAACCCCCUUGGCAUUUAAUGCAUAGAUACUUAAACGAACUUAACAUAAAUUAAGAUAUACCUAAGUGUUUGUCAAUUGUUUUGCUAUGACACAAUAUUACAUCUACUGUUUCUAAUAAAUAAAAAACGUCUUACUCCAGGCAUAAUAAUUUGUUCGAAAUCUUCCAUUAUGGCCUCGAAUGGCUCCGGUUGUACGGGCGCUUCUAAUGGAAUUUUAUUCUUCAACCAACCUGGACUCACUGUAGGAGUCACCCUUCUCUGUUUUAUCGUCUCUAAAUAAUCACAUAUAUAGUCCACCAUCUCCUUACCGUGCUUUCGAAAUUGUUCAGUGUCCAUUAUCGUAAACCGCCUUAAAAACUAAACAAACGUAUACAUACAUGCAAUAUGCAUUAUACCUGUUAAUUAACACUUGGAAUACAAUUAGUUGUUAAUUAUAUUAUUCAAAAUCGCUGUGUUUCAUCACUCGAGAUGUUAGGUUAAUUAAAUUUUCUUUGAGAAUGAAAAUCAUUCGCGUUGUCAUAAAGGUAGGUAUGUAAUAUUUUUAGAUUGACGGCAACCACUUCGAGUCAAAAACAGAAUUUUUCGAUUUUUUUUUUUCGUUUCUUAUAUUAUUAAAUCAGAAAUGAUUUUCUCUGAAAUUGAAGAGUGUAUUUUAAUUAUUUCAGCGUGUAUAUUUGACAUGUUGGAGUAUAUAUAGUGCUGAGGAUUGAUGAAAUGUAUAAUGAACAAAUAUCAGGAAAUAAUUUAUGUUUAAUUAUCGGAAGUGAACUCGUUAAAUAUGGCUUUCGACGUUUUCAAGAUAUUCAGCGACUUUAUUAUAAUAGGUUAUUAAAAAAAGAAAAUAGUUAGAGACGUACCAUAGGUAUUGGGUAUAGGUAUAGGGUAAUUUAGCUCAUACACCGCAUGCAACGAUAGAACAUUCUAUACGAAAACCCAUUCUGAGUUAGGUUAAACAUUUUUUGAUUGAUUAAAAUUGAAAAUUGUAUUAAUAACAACGAAAUAAAUUACAUAUUUAUUUUUUUACAAAUUUUAUCGUAGGUUUGAAUUCAAAUAAAUAAUAGCAUUCUGCAUUUUCGGGAUAAUUCGAAAAUAGAAUUACUACUUAUUUGAUAAAAAUAAAUUAGUCUCAGAUCUCUACGAUUAUUUUUAACUUAAUAUAAAAACAAUUAAAUCCAUUUGUACACAAAUGUGUUAUUUAUUAAAUACAAAAUUUGUGUUCAUAAAUAUUAUUUUCAUUUUGCCAUGAUUUUUUUUUAAUGAAAUUGAAUACGUCUAGUUUAAAAAUAGAAUUUAUGAUAAUAUGUAUCUAAUUUUGUUGUAUCACAGAUUAUAUAUUGUAAUAAUGCUUAUCCGGUUAAAAAAAAAACAAAUUCGAGUAACUUAAUCUUUCACUGAAUUAGGUAUCAAAUUUAAAGAUAAAUAGAAAUUUGAAAAACUACAAAUUUAAACACUAAAAAAAAUCAUCUUUUCAAAAUAUAUAAAAUCAAUAAAUCAUUUUUAUAACGUACAUAAUUAUUAGAAGUUUGGUUCUGUUUCAGUAAGCUUUGGAUCAUUUUAGUGAUUAAUUUUUUUUUCUUCAAAUUCAUAUGUAUUCAUACAUAUUUAUUUACGUAGUUAAUUACAAUUGAAUAAACAAAAAAAACCGAUGAUAUUUUUCUAGUCAGUCUCUCUGCACUAUAUAAUGUAAGUAAAGCUUUCGCCAGUAAAGCUUUUCAUUUAAAAUGGAGUCGUCAUAUAAUAGACUCUCAGACAACUAGGUCGACGCAAUUUUAUAUAUUAUUAUAUAGUGUCUGUGAGUCAUUGCGUAUGCCUGUAUUCUUUCUGGUGUUUCUAGCCAUAAAGUGGCCAAAGGGCCAUUUUAGGUGAAUCAAAUUUGCUACGAAUUGACCAAAUGUUCUAGGCAUUUAAUUUAUAAGCGACGAAAUACAGUUCUGAACGGUUUUCGUCAAAGUUUGAUACUAAAACUCUUAUAAAAGAAAAAAAAACCAAAGCAUUACAUUCAACUUUUCAUUUUUGACCACUUUGUACAAUACUUAUAAUAAAUCUCGUUUAAAAUAUCCUGCAAUUUUGUAACAAUUUUAUUUUCAUAUAAAAAAUGAACACUAAAAAUUUAAUGAACCAGACCGCGUUAAAAAAUAUCAGCCGAACAGCGAAAAACAAGCACAAUAGUUUAUUGACAUUUCUAAGAGCGAUAUAUAAUGCAGCGUGCAAUGUUUAUUUUUUCGAUACCUCUUUACCAACAAUAAAAUAUAUACUAUUAUAUAAGCAUUACCCGUAGACAGUCAACUUUUUGUUUGGCCUUAAGAAAUAAAUUAUGAUUAAAAUAAACUGUUAUAUAACCAAAUAAACUAACUAUUAUAAAAAAAAAAAAAAAAAAAAAUACAAUCAAAUUAUGCUCUUUUUUUUUUACCUCUAAGUACAACUUCGUAUUAAAUUUUCAAACUUUUCUGGUUGACCGAACAAUUUUACACGAAAGAAAAAAAGAAAAUGUAAAAUACCUUAAAAUAUUUUGAAAAUUUUACCACUAGAAAAGACUAAUGUAUGUUUUCUGUCUCCAUGUUAUGUCUCUUCGGAUAUUUUGAAAGUAAUUACAAUAAAACAAUUAAUUUGAAAAUAAUAAAAUAAAAUAAUUAUUUCUGUUCCUAAUUUUCCCGUUCUUUCGUCUGAAUUUGUUCCAGAUUUUGCUCAAUUAUUAUAAAAAAACGCAUGAAAAAUCAAAAAAAAAAAACUCUUUCUCAGUCAGCAACUAGAUCCAAAACUGAACAAAAAAGGUCUUUUGGCAUAUUUCGAGUGAAGUAAUAUUUCUGGUAGAAAACGUAAAUUGUAAACAUUUUAAAUAAUGAAAUCGGUCACGCCUCGGCGUGCCAUUAAUAUUCGUCCGGUUUUCCCGUUUAUUAUGAAAAUACUUUGAAAAAUCAAAAAAUAACCUCUCUAAUGUGCCAAAACUAGAUCCAAAAAGCAACAAAAAAGAUAGACUGUUAUUUUAUGAUUAGAGCAAAAUUUCUGGUCGAAAAAUUGUUAACAGACAGAAAAACAAAUUUAAUGUAAAACUCUUAGUUAAAACAUUUUUUUUUCCACGAACUAUUACAGGUGUAGAUUAAAACAAAACUACUUUUUCGUAUUCAAAUGAAUCAAAAUAAAUGUAUACAUAAAAAUUAAUUAUUUUUCAAAAAUUAAAUUAAAAACGGUUUAUUUAAUUUUUUUUUUUAGUUUCUUACUAUCGAGGAAUAUUUAAUAGAUUUAUGAUGUGUUUUUUAUUAUUAUUUUUUUUUUUUUAUAUUUAAACAACUUUUGUAUUAGAAAAUCAUUUUUAGUUUUUAUCUGUUAUGUAUACUAUGCAUAAAAUUGUUUGACUUAAUUCAAAUGCUUAAAAAUUUAACACGAGGAAUAUUUUAAGUUGUACAUAGUAAUAAAAAAAAUGUUGAGAGUGAUGUAGUGGUGUUUUUUAAAAAAAACCUGUUUAACACGAAAAUCGUAAAAAUUUAGACAUUUCGAUAAUUUUAUCUAGUUAAUGUAUUUGGGAAGACAUUUUUUGAUUUUUUUAAAGAGUUUUCAAAAUAAUUAAGAAAAUUAUAAGUAAAACGGCAGAAUUUACGGGGCGUCCCGGUUUAAUUAUUUUAAUUUUUGCAAACGAUGUUUUCUAUCAGAAAUUUUGCUCGAAUUGAAAAAUGACAUAAAGUCUAUUUGGUUUCUUUUAAUAUAUAGCUACUGACCAAGAAAAUAGUUUUUUGAUAUCGAAAGUAUUUUUCAUAAACAUUUGGGAAAACCAAAAAAGAUGAUUUUAUUUUAAAUUUGUAUGGCUUAUGUUUUCUACAAAAAAUAUUUCUUCAAUAGAAAAACGACAAAAUUCCCUUUUUUUUUGCAUUUUCAAUCUAGACGGUGACCAAAAAAAUCGUUUUUUUAAUAGCUUAGCAAAACCGAAAAAUACGCAGAAAGGAAGGGAAAUUUUACGAAAAUACUCCUUUUAUUAUUUUAAUUUAAAUUUUUUUACUGUAAUUCAAUUUAAAUUAUUUGUAGAAACUUAAAAUUAAAUUCAAUUUAAAAACUUAUAUUUUAUUUUCUUCUAGGCGUUGCAAAACUUUUAAAACAUUUGAACAAUUUGUGAAUUAUUUACAGAUAUUUUAAUUUUACUAAUUUUUUACGUAAUUUGUAUUUGGUAAGUACUGUGGAUAAAAUUGUUAGACUAAACAGAAAUGCUUGAAAUUUUGACUGAAGAUACAUUAAAAGUCGUACAUGGGGUCAAAAAAAAAAAACCGAAUGUAAAUUAUGUAGUAUAUUUUUUUUUAUAAGAGUUUUAAAAUCUUUACAUAAACUUUGCUCUGAAUCGUUUUUCGCUAUCAACAGUUUAUCGUUGAUUACAGGUAUACACUGUGUACCUUUAUGUACCUUACCUUACCAAUUACCCAUCUACAAUAGUGGCCGCACCCGUCCCCAGUCAGCUUUUUUUUUUCUAUUUUGUUUUACAGUUUUUAUUAUUGUGUAGGUGAUUAACGUAACGUUUUCUGUCCUGUACGAUGUACAGCAAAUCGAAUUUCGGUAUUAUAAAACAAUUUUAUUUUAAGAAUCCAGAAAUAUAUAUUGUAUAAAACUGCACAGUAACCAAUUGAAAAUUAUAAUUUUUUUUUUUGAUAACUGCUUACUUAAUCAGUAAAAAAAAAAUUACUACGAUAGAUAAUAGCUGGGUAGUUAAUUUUUUCUCAACAAAUAAUUUUAAAUCAAUUUGGAUAUUUUGUUAAAAUGUAUACAAGUUAUUUAAUGCAAAAAAUAAAACCCGCCUACGAAAAUUGCGUAUCUUACGUGAUUAUCAUUUUGUCUGCAAAAGCCUAAAUAUACCAUAUGCCGAGCCUAUCAUUUCAAUUUACUCGCGCGAGCCGAAAUAUUUACAGUGUAAAAGAAUAUGUUUAAUGAGCGUAAUGGCGUAUAUUUGUAGUACAGGAUAAUUAUUGCAAAAAAGUAACCUUUAAAUAUUAACUCAUACAGUUAGUCGAAUUCCUAAAUAAGUUAACUUUUUUACGUUAGUCGAUUUAAUUUUAUUAUCUCUAAAAUUCUAACUAGUAAAAUAUCGUUUAAUCAUCCCGGAAAAGGAAUAUAAUGUGAUAAAUGAUUCAAAUUUAAUUCUAUAAAUAUAAUAUACGCCGCCGUCGGAAUCACGUGUAAAAUAUCAUCCAAAGACAAUAACUCAAACGUAUUACUAUGGUAAUUAUAAUUCGUUUUCAUUAUUUUAUUUUUUUUUUUUUUUUUUGUAAGCAUUUUGAUUUCAUAGACAAAUUUCGGAAUUUUAAGAAAAAAUACGAAAUCCGGAGGAGGGUGAGAAAUAUAUCUGAAAAUCUGUAUAAUCGUUAAAAUUAUAUCUGUGGCUCAGCGCAAGGAAUCAAUGUAUCGACCGAAAAAAUUAAAAACAAAAUCAUAUUUUACAAUAAAUAUGAACAUUCCGUUAGACUUUUGGAAAUAAUUAAAUUUUUUUCCUAUGUUGGUGUUUUUUUUUUUUUUUUCGUUUCGGAUUAUUUUGACUUAACAAGCCCUCUCGCGCUGUACACGUACGAAUUGGUUAUCGUACGAGUUAAGAAAUACACGACUAAGACGAUAUCAAUUUAUUAUGACUAGGACGCGGAUUUACCGCAACUAAAAUUGACGAAAAAGCGUUUGAAAACGUCACGAAAGCCCUGAAGAACAGCGUAAAAAAUUAUUUAAAAGAGCAAUAAAGGUAGAGGGGUUUAAAAGUUGUUUCUGGCGUAUUAAAAAUAAAAUUUUUUAAUACUAAAAAAACGAAUUAUUACAAAGUAAUUUUUUUCAAAUAUAUUUGUACAUGUAAAGAAAAAAAAAAGCUUAAUCGUUAACUGUCAGUGUUAUAGAAAAAAUGUAUUUAAUACGGUUAGAACCGUUCGAUCGUGGACUUCAAAAAACCCCUUUACCGCUUUUGCUUUUUUUUUCUUUUUUUUAAAUAUUUUUAAACGGUUUUUUACAAGGUACAAACCUUCGCGUUUAUUACGUUUAUUAAUUCCGUAACGGUCGGCCGUUUUUAAUGAUUGAUCCGCAGCGAUUACGGUUUUGUUUAAUUGACAUAGAAGAAGAAAAAAUAAUAAUAUCGCCGACGAUAUUUUAUUGUAUAAAAUGUAUUUUAUUAUUAUUAUCGUCAUCGUCGUACGGCGCUAUUUGUGGCUACUACUUACUACUCCAAAAUUGUUGUCGCCGCCGCUGCUGCUGCUGCCGCCGCCGCUGCUGCUGCCGCUGCUGCUGCUGCUGCUGCGAGUCCGCGGCUCUGGCGAAUGCGGCGCGUCCUGACCGCUAGGGGUACGGAACAGUUGUGGGAAGGCCUUCUGCCCGGGGCGUAAAACCCGACGACGGUUUGCAAUAAUUUCAACGCGAUAUAAUAAUUACGCCUACGUCAUUCCCGUUGAUACGCCGCCGCGGCGGUCCGCAGGUAUUUUCCGUUCGUUUUUCCUCAGAAUACAACGUGCCGCCGCCGGUACGCGCGCGCUCGCUAAUCGUACAUAAUACAUAAUAAAUGCACCGUAUUAUUUAUGCGAUGCGUACGCGGCGGCGUGUCGCGAUAACAUUUUCGGAUACGACGCUAUUAAUAGACGUGUACGGACCGACCGGGUGAAUAUGCGGGAAACGAACGACGCGCGGGUAAAUUUGUAUUGUUGUUUUUGUUGUUUUUCGUAUUUUUUUUUUCCCCCCCUUUCUACCACUUUUAUUCGUCCCCGUCUAAUUGUCCGUUGGUGUCCCGACGACGAUUAAUUCCGGGCCGGGGUUUUUAAACGCGCGCGUGUGCCACAAUGACGCGUGUAAUAAUAAUAAUAAUAAUAAUAAUAACAAUAUUUUACUUGCUCGCGGUUUAUUCGCGAAAAAUCGCGCGGCCUCGUAACAGCGCGUGGCGUUUCGCGGGAAACUAAAACGGCGCGCUUUAAUACGCGAUAAAAUGCCCUGGUGUAAUGGGGGAGGGGGGGGAGGAAAGCGUUUGGAAAAAAAUCACGCACGCUGAGCGAUAGACGACGUGUGUUUUUGAACGUUCGAAUAUUACGAAUUGUCGACGGUCGCGAUACCGGGGAUUUGUGUAUCGAGACUUUUCGGACCGUAUGCGCUACAGGCAUAUGUAUAUGUAUACAUAUGUGUGUGUGUGUUUGUGUGUGUGUGUGUGUGCCACGAAUAAUCGCAGUUAAUUAUGUCGUCAAAAUAUAACACUGUCUGCGGAACAUGCGACGACGGGGGAAAAAAAACCUAUGUUAUUACGGAAUACGUGUGCAAUCGUGUUUAAUUAGAGCGUAACACCGUUUGAUUGAAAAUCGUAUCGUUUAUCAAUAAAUUAUUGCCCGAUUUCAUUUAUCGAUGCUAAUGUGCCCGCGUAACCGCGGUCCCGGGUCGUGCGGUAAGCCGGUAAUGUCCUCGUCGCGAGGAUCCGUCAUCGGUAUGAUCUAUUUUCGAGCAUAGCGUUUUUUUCCCCGGGAGGAAAUUUGAACCUUGGAGGUGGUACUUUCAGGAGAUGAUUUUUUUUGAUUUUCCCAGGGGGUUUUCAACGGUUUACGAAACGUUUUAUUUUCAAACCGUGAAUAUUACGGCCUUUCAAAACACGUGUAACCGAACUCCGCUCAGAAUCGUUUUUCGUUAGCAAUGGUUAAUAGUUGCGUACAGAUAAACAUUCGAUUUCCCCGUCUACCUUCUCAACUCCUCACCUACAACAGUGGCCCGCCCAUCGUGCGAAUUAUGUCCGUUUAUUUUUUAUUUUCAAUUUGACGCUAUUAUAAUCUAGUGCGACGUCGUUGCACACGUUAAGUGAAAAAUAAGUUCAUAACGAACAACCACGUUCCCCUUAAACUCAUAUAAACCGGCUCAUGUUUUUUGCGCACGCAUAACUAUAAAACUGCAGAAUCAAUUGACUUCUAAUUUAUGUCAAAAUAUUGAAAAUAUUACUGAGAGGUGGUGCCUUUUUUUUAAUUUCGUACAAAUUCGUUCAACAUAACGGAAUUUAUGGGCAUUAAUGUUCAGAAUUUUUAACGAAAAAAAAUAUUUAUGUGGACCAAUAGGCUUAUGCGUACAUUAAAAUUUCCGUUAGGUGUUGCUUGUAUGCAAUCCGAAAGUAUUCUGAAAUAAUAAUAAUAAUAAUGUGUAAUUAACAAUAGAUCAACUAAAAAAAAAAAUAUUGUAAAACAAAAUUUUCUCACUAAUGCAUGUUGAAAUUAGUCCCGAAAAGAGAUGAUAUCACAACAAAAACAUUUCGCCUACAGCUACGUGUAAAACAAAGGCUAAAUAAAAAAAUUAAUUUACCAAUUAUUACGUAUCUCGUAUGUGUUCAGCCUCAUAAAGUUAUAUUAUUUGUGGUGUCGAGUAAAAUUGUCGAUUUACUUGUCGUGAGCAAAUACGACUUCCUAAACAGAUGUCAUAACACUAUUUAAAAAUAUGUAAAGUAUUUUAAGUAUCUCUCUAUUCCCGGCCUACCGGGAUAAAGUCGUGAGAUACAGACACGCCUGUAUUAAUUUUAUUGAUUCGAUAAGGAGCAAAUGUCGACGAAUCUUUUUAUAUAAUAAAAUGUUAACUUACUACUCCUUGGCGUUUGUCACAUAUAACUGUUGGGGGGAAAGGGGUCUUUGGAAUAAAUAAAUAAAUAAAUAAAAUCGUGGACCGUUACGUUAGGUUUUUGGAAAUCGAUGAAUUUUCCGAUUUGCGAUUUUCAAUUGGUUGUAUUUUUGAAACGUUAUGUUAGGACCGUCUGACUUAUUUUACUUACGGACCGUGUAAAACCUCCCCAUACAUGAAACGAUCGGUUUGUCAAUUCGCUGACAAAUUCAAAAUUGGCAGAUAAAUUGAUAGAUGUAUGGUAAUGUUUGUCGACAAGUCGAUGAUUGACAAAUUGAUGUUUUGACUGCAGUUGACUAGUCAAUUGAUAAACAGGUUGAUGCGUGUAUAAACACGUGUGUAGAGUAAUUAAUAUGCCAACGUGACAAUCCCGCUAUAUUGUAGAAUUAAUAUUUAUAUUAGUCAAAGUGUGUGUGCUUUCAGACAGUGUCAUCUUGUGUUAAAAAUUAACAUUUUUUUUUUCCAUUAUCUUUUAAUUGUUUUCAAAACGGAAUUCGAGUCUAGCAAAAAGUUUUUAACAAAAUGUAUAGACAUUUAUGAAAAACAUCCUGCUCUGUAGAAAAUUAAAAGUGAUCUUAAUACCAAUGAGCAUUUAAGAAAUGUUUAUCAUCAUCCAUGUAUUUUCUAUGUAUGAUAAGAGUCCGGUAGUGAUUAACAAUUUUUUAUUUUUUCUAUGGUCGACAUACUUUACACUUAUUACUUAACGAAUAGCUACUUUAAAAAUUAAUUAAUCAACGGCACGAAAAAAAUAAAAAUGUAUCACCAAAAUAUGUCUACGACAAAUUGAAUACUACCAAAUACCAAACUUGGCAUUCGUCCUAAACUACAGAAGUUGAUAAACAAGCCCUCAAUUUUGUAGUUCCGCGUAUGGUAAAUAGUAGAUAGUCAAUUUGUUGAUCAAUUUGUACUUCAGCAAAUCGAUAGAUCAAUCGUUCCGUGUGGGGGCCUUAACGCUCGUUCCGGCUCCGCGACUAUCUGUGUGCAUAUAGGCGCCAAGUUUUUAAAAUACCAUGAUAGGGGCCCACUAUUUUAGAUAGUGGCUCAUAUAUAAUUUUGCCCAUAUAUUCCUUAUAGCCCCGGUUUGAUAAUCUUAUGGGGGGCUGCCGCUCCCAAGCCUUCCCUCCUACACGGCUCCCCAGCCUGUGUGAUGUAUACUAAUACCUCAUAAAUAACAUUACGAUGUCCGAUAUUCUAAAUCGUCCGGAGUUAUAACUUAAAACGACGAGAAACACAGAAUAUUAUUUUACGCGUGAUUGAUGGGUUGGUUUUUCUCGAUUCCGAGCUAGGAACGUAUAUUGGUUUUACUAUGACGUGUGUGUAUUUAUUAGUAUUUGUGUGUGUGUGUGUGUGUGUGUGUGUGUAUGUGUGUGUGUAUGUCUGUUAACGACUUUUAAACCAGAAAUCUUGUUCCAAUCAUCAACGUCAGUGACGGUUUUAGGUAUCAAAUUGUAUCUAUUCGUUGUAUUGAGAAGGUCGUUUUUUUCACAUUUCUCGUAGUUUUCUUAAUACUUAAACAACGUCGAAAAACGGGAGACCUGACGCAAUAACGGCUUCUUUUCGGUUCAUUGUUUAUUUAUUCAUUGUUUCACAAAAAAUAGGACAUUGAAAGCUACACAAAAAGUGAAAUUUAUACGACGUUUGAGAGAUAGCGUUGCGCGCCGUACCUUCGUCGUGCCACGCCGUAAGUUAGAGUUGCACAAAUCAAUUUCAAUUUCGAUUUUUUUGAAUAUCAAAACCAAAACUAUCGAUAUCCACAUUUGAUUAGAAAGUUUAAAAAAAAAAUCGAGAAUGUGGGGAAUUUUAAAAAAUGUUUAAAUUAACGCACUGUCAGUCAAAAAAUCCGCACCUUUUGAGGUUUAUAUGAAAAAAUCUGAGCAUUUUUUCUAACUGAAAAGUAUUUUUUGAGAAAAAAAAUAUUAUACUGCUUAUUCAUUCCAUAAUUAUUGAAACUAUUUAUUAAUUAUAAAAACUAAAGGACGGGAGGAGGACAGUGGUCUGCAACAUGUUAUGUUCUGUAUAUGGUUUCGGGACGAGUGAUACUAUCCCUAUUUUACAUCGUGAAUAUUUCAUAGCACGUUUGUGUUUAUAUCGAAUUUUAGUGGUUUAAUAAACUUGAUUAUAAUAAAACAUGAUUAUCGUGAUUAUCAUAAAACCGUGGUUUUAAUACAUUUCUUUUAUCAUAUCUAUCAAAAAAAUCAUGAUAUCGAUUAAUGCGUUAAUAGAUUUCAAUUUAGAUGCAUCGAUAGAGCGAUAUAUCGGUCCCAAAAUAUCGAUACGAUAAUAUCGAAUUUUUUUCUAAAAUUUCGAUAAUACCGAAUAUAUUUAGGCAACCUUAUAGGGAUGAACGAAUUAAACCAAAUUACUGCCUACUGAGUCAAAAGAUGUUAUCAGUUAUCAUAUUAUUACUAAGUACAAUAUUCUCGUUCAUUCCGUAAAAAUGUGUACGCUUAAAUUGAUUUUUUUGUUCAGUAUGGAAUGUAUUUCGCGAUUAAGUAAUAAAUUACGACUUACGAGUGUUCAAUUAUCUAUAAAAUACAAUAACAAUGAUAAAGUUAACACCAAGGUAUCUACAACUGUCACCGUGUUAAAAUAAGGUUUGAUUAUCGAUUAUCGUUUAUUACAGUUAUUCCGAAGUAUUUAGUGUUCCAUAGUAUUAUAUAGUAAUAUCAUGGGUGAGAUACCUUUAAUCGUAACAUAUACGGCCGUAUUACUCGUAGUUUUCCUUAUUCUAGUCUUUACGAAUGAAUUCAAUAAUAUUAAAUUUGUUUUUGGAUUUGUAAUCAUAAUUGUAGAUAAACUAUAAUCGUGGUUGCUUGGAUAAUGGAUUGCUUAGAUAUCUAUAAGAUUUGUUAAAAACGGAUUAAACCGUGCAACCCGAACAGGAGGCGUGAAUAACCGACAGGUUAAAAGUACUGCAGCCUAGAGCGCCGAUCGGCCAAUGUUAAAUGAAAGGCGCAAUAACAUGCGAUAUGCGUACAUCGGUGAUCAUAGAGGUAGCCAGAUCUCUUUUCGGGGGGUAUGCAAGAAUUUAUAGAGAGAGCCGGUUUACGAAAAAAAAGGUCACCGGGUUUUAAAAAACCCUCUUGAUUUCUUUAUCAAUAUCGGCGUAACGUCCUCUUAAAUGAAUAUUAUUAUAGUCACUGUAUUAUAAUCACUGCGGUAUUCGCACACUACUUGUCCUUUUAAUCCUAUUAAAUAGCUUACCGCACGGACAUUUUUGAACAAAUAUUUAUCACUUUUUUUUUUAUAACAAUCAUUAGAAUUGUGGCGGCAAAAUGAUUGAAUAUUGAUAUUAUUAGCACUGCGCAUCACAUAUAAUAAUAUGUAAUGUAUGUGUAUAGUGUACACGAGUUAUUUUUAAAAUCCGCGUCCGUAAAUAUUGCAUUAUCAGACUCGACUACACACAGACUAUUAUACUGUGUAUAAAUCAGUCGAAUAAUCCUUUUGCUUCGCCAAUAACAGCCUGCCGUCCGACGAUAUGAACAAUGAUGCACAAUAAAUAUAAUCGUCAAUAUAUAAUAUGUAUGUGCGUGUGUGUGUGUGUGUGUGUGUAGACAUGUAUACAAUGACAAUCGCGUCACCGCGGAAGUUUGCAUCCAAAAGGAUCGCAGAAAACGUCUCUGGCCAAGUUUUCACAGCGAAUUAACUCUCCGGCAAACUUCACUUUUACGUAAACUAUUAGCCAUUUUCCUUUCGUUUCGGUACAUGUAGUACGCGUAUUAUAUAAUAUAUAAUAAGAGUAUUCUAAGGAAAUUAAGAGGUUCCCCGCGUUCCCGUCGCCUCGUCGUUUUGUAAUAUCAUGAUGGAUGCGAAUCGUACGAUGACGGAAUAUGUUAAAAUGCAGCUCGACUCGGCGUCUGCUGGUAUAAUAAUAUAGACAGCGAAUUUGUUUACCGUGCGGUAUGCGAUUUUUAGGUCGGAAAAAUAUAGAUAUCACACUCGUAUUCCAGAACCUCUAUUGGUGAAUUAAGUACCCACCUAUUAUACGCGUGUGUUUAGACUAAAACUCAAAAUACACCGACGAGUAUGCAGACGGUUAAUGGAGUAAAUAUAAACGACGGAUGGACCAAUAUUUGUAGUUGAAGUAAAACGAAGGGUUAUGACGGUAACGUUUAUAUGCGUUGUCAAUUAAUAUUUGUUAUUGGUUUCGUUGGGUACGGUAAGGUAUUUAUCGUCUCGUAUCUGACCGGUAUUUUGUCACGUCGAUUGCGUUCGGCGUUGUUCCGUGCUACGACAUCCGUCUUCCGACCGGAUGCAUUGAGCGGCUUGUAUCCAGUCCAAUUGGUGUUUCGUGUUUUGUUCUACUGCGCGGAAUCGAUUGGUAUAUGUUUCGUUUCAACCGGGUACCCAAUUGAUGCACUAUUUUUAUAUUUUUUUUUAUGAGGAUCGGUUGUCAUUCCUCCGGGUUAUCUUUUGUAGCUCUGUCUAUUACUCACGCUCCGAGUCUAUUCGGGGAACUCCGGGUGGGCGAUUCCAGAAUAUGACGUAUCUGGAAGGACGUCCAUCCGCUCAAUUUCCAGCCGAAUCGUUAUUCGAGGUGAGUUUCCAUUCUGCAUUCCGAGUGGAGCGAGGAAUCUCUUAGUUUUACAAUGAUUUUUAUUUUAUUAAUUUUUUUUUAACUGUCAACAACUUUUCUACCAGAAAUCGUAUUCCAAUUAACGAGUGUAGUACUUCCUCUGAAAGGAAAUCUAACUGGGGAGUUACAUUAGCGAAGUAAUGUUUUGAUUUUCCCAGGAGUUUUCUCAAUAAAUGGAAAAAACGGAGGAAAUGUUUAAGUAGGAGUGUUUAAUGCAUAGGUAUGUAAUUAUUUUACCAUAAUAUGACAUGUACAUUGUCGACAGAACAAAACUAUCAACCGAGCUCCGUUCAGAAUCGGUACAUACAUUAAAUCUCCCUUCUACUUCGUUCCUAACUUCUCUCCUCCAACAGUGAGCCACCCGCGUGCGAAAUAUAACAGUAUUUUUCUCUUCGUGGUUGUUCGAGAGGCUUGUCUAUAAUUGUUGUAUUACAGUUGCGUACAAAAUCAAUCCAAAUGUAAUAUAACGCGAUUGUUCAAUUGUACGUCUAUGUUUUUAUAGGGGAGGAUGAUAUUAUAAAUUUACAUCCGUGAAUUGCGCAUUUCAUAGUAAAUGUAAUGGAUUUUUCGCUCUAAAAUUCUACGAAGCUUUCAAAAAUAAAAAUAAAAUAUGUAGAUACCCGUAAACGAAUCAAUAGAAAAUUGAAAACCCGUAGAUGGCGAGGUACCGCUAUAAAUAUUUUAAUAACUCGUGAAAUUCGGAACAAAUAAUAUUUAUUUAAAUUUCACACUCGAAAACCUUAUAAGUUUUCUUCAUAUAUUUCAUAUUUAUUGUGUGUGUGCCCCCCCCCCUGUAUAUCUCCCAGUCGACUUCGUAAGUCAUAACGAUUUCGGUAUACAUAAUAAUAAUAAUAAUAAUAGGUCAUUGGGCCAAAUCGUGUAGGAAUUUUCGCAUCGAGACGUUUUUUAAUAUCGCGGUCGCCGGGCCACAAAUAUAACAAGGGGGAAUAGUGUGUGUAUGUGUGUGUGUGUGUGUGUGUGUGUGUGUGUGCGCGUGUGUGUGUACCCCCUCGCACGGAAAUUUCGAAAACAACGGCGGCGGUUCAAAGCGAAAAUGCAAAUCCUCCAGUGUACACUCUGUGCACACGCCAUGACUCACAGCCGACGAGUCUGCGAAUCAUCGUCAUCAUCAUCACCGCCGCCGCCGUUACCGUCUUAUAAAACGGCGAUAAAGAAUAUUAAUUAAAAUUUAAAUCUUCCCGGCGUCUGCUGCCGACGCUGCUGCUGCCAGUGGAUAUGCAGACUGCCGGCUGGAGUUUGACUCGAAAAUUACACAUAAUCGGUAUAUUUUAUUAGUAAUCGUCGUCGGUCGGCCGUCGAGUCCGGGACACGGAUGGAAUGUCGGCUAUGCGACGCAAUUGUUCUGGAAUUCACUUCAUUUUAUCUCAUAAAAGUCGCGUGUACCCUCCCCCUCCCCUCCUCCUCCUCCUCCCACCCCUUGUGUAAUAACCUGAAGGACCCCGCAACCUAUCGAUUCCCGUCCACACAUUUAUGGGAUUUUUGUCGUUUGCCGUCGCCGCGCUGCCGACGUCGUCCCCCGCACUCCUCUUUUGGGCGCGUUCUCGUAUAUUGUCGUUGACCGAGACCUCGUGUGCGAAAUUUUUUUUUUUUCCAAAUCCCCGACCGUUUUCAUUACUCGUAUUGUUAUCUAACGUGAUUUUACUGAUGAUAAUAUUAAUAGAUAUUAGAUAUUUUAUAAAUGUCCGGUAUUGUAGGUAAGUAACGCCCGACGUAACUCGAUUUCCAAUAUUAUAUUAUGUUCGUCUCGGUGAAACCGUGUAAAAUCUCAUUUCCGUCGCACUUAUAGUUAUACAUAACUUACUUCAACCCCCCCAGUACACGUGUACAGUGUCUAUGUUGGCGAAUAGGAUUAUAAUAGAUUAACUUAGCGGAGUGGUGAGGGAAGGCCGGAGGCCCUUCGAUUCGAAAUUUCAUCAAUCGAUUCUGUUAUGUAGUUGGGUCGAAGCAAAAAGCCCCGAGUCACGAUCUCUAAAAAAUAAUAUUACCAAUAUUUUUACCAGUUGGAAGCGUAUCAACAGAAAGAAGUGUCGUAAAGUUAAAACUCAUUAAAACUAGACUACGAUCUACAAUGGGUAAUAAUCGAUUGUAGAGGACUAAUGAUUCUGUCCUGUGAAAAUGGAAUUAACAUUAAUGCCGGUCCAUAUUUAUUAAAAAGCAUUUACAUUAAAACGUGUACACUUUAUUAGUUUGUUAUACAAUCUUAAAAAUUUAAUUUCUGUAUUUUUUGCAUAAUUAAUUGCGUUUUAUUUGAAAUGUAAAUGCGAGAUCUAGGACAUUUCGGUGUAGACAUCUUAAUUAUCGUUUCAAGUUAUUUCAAGAAUUGAUUACAGUUCAAAUUUGUAAUAAAUUCGUUAGUAAAAUAGUUUUGAAAAAUAAUUGAAACAACGCUAUACUCAGCAUUUAAUGUCCUCUUGACUCUUUAUUAAAAUAUUAUAUAUAAAUAUAUACUAUAAACUCAUAUUUGUAUUCGCCCUUUUGCUUUCGCGCAUUUGCAUUCGCUCAUUCUGUAAGGUUACGACUAUAUACAAUAUAUAAGGUGCAACUAUUGAUGUGUGUUAUACAUCAAAUACUUGUAUUAACUGUUAAGUGUGAUCCGUGUUUAAAUAAAUACUAAAUACUAAAUAGAAUUUAAUAAUUCUUCCCUCCUCUAUUCUCAAUUUUACUUUUCCUUCUUUUUUCUCACUUACACUUUUCCGGCGUCACAAAAUUAUCGACGCGAAAUAACCCGAUGUACAAUUUGUUGACACUAAUUCCAGAUAGACCCCCGGCCCAAAAUCCAUGGCCAUACGAAAUAGCUGGUUAGGUGUUUUUACUGUUGGGAUUUUUGAACUGUAUAGUAUCGUUUAUUUAUGUUGUUUUAAACAAUUUUGUAUCAAUUAUUUAUUUAUUUUUAUAUACGUAUGGGUGUUUUAUAAUUAUUAUUACAACCGAUAUUAUUUAUUCUAUUAUAACUUAAAUAAUGGAUAAACAUUCGGUUUCGCAAAAGAGAAAAAAAAAACGGAAGUAUAACCGGAAUAAUAGUAUUGCCGGAUCGAAUACGUCGUAAUUUCACGAAUUAGAUAAAAAAAUAUGUCGACCAUGUUGUUUUGUUAUGCAAAUGUGUAUAAAAAUAGACGAAAAUGAGCUAUUAUCGUGUAGGUAUUCAAUUAAAAUGUCUAUAUUUAGUCGAAGAUAAUUUUUUAUCUGAUCACAUACCAGAGCAAAUUUCUAACUUGAACACAGUAGAUAAACACCGAAACACGACUAUCGGUCAGUUACGUGAUCCGAUAUCCGGUUUAUCCUAACUAUGGCUAUGGUAAUGGCUGUUGGCUAACCUCGGUCUGUUCUAAAUAAUAAUAAUAUUUCGAUAAACGCAGGAUGAUAAUCAUACUGCCUAGUACCUUAUACGAUACCCACUAUAUUAUAAUAAUUUAUAAUACUCGUAUUAUAUAUGUAGUUUAAAAGUAUUUUGUACGUUAAAAAUUGAGGUAGGUACUUCCUGUGGUUCGAUUUUAAAAACGUACAGAUGUAUGAGUUUAUAAACAAGUUUACUUUACAUCGUCCGAAGAAUAUUUUUCAUUUACCGUUAAAAGUUGACAAAAAUUUCUAAGUUUUAUUCUCGUAAAUAAUUUAAUAAAACUGAAAAAAAUACUCAGACCUAUGCAAAGUAAAAUUGAUUAUGAAUUCAAACAUAUUUAAAUUUUUUAAAUCGAAUUGCUGUAAAUACCAAAAUUUUUGGCAGGCGUAAAUUACGUAAAACCGGCCGUACCCCUUCCUCUUAAUAGGUAUCAUUAAUGUGGUCUUAAAAACAUUAACAUAUUACAAUGUGAACAGAUCCUAGACAAAGAAAACAUAAGGAAACAUCGAGUGAAUGAAAAAGAUAUAUACUAGAGACACUAGGGUACUAUGCCAUUUUAACUCGCAACGUGGGGCACAUGUGCAAUUAGUUCACUAACCUUAGGGAGCAUAAUUAGUGAAUUUGUGGGCCUCUGCAACCCCAAUAUAGCCAGGAGAGGGUGAUGUAACAUACAAUUGCUUUUUUUUUUUUUUAGCUAUAGGUAAGGUUAAGAAGAUGGUAGAUCCUAAACUCCCCCCCACACCCCCACUGAUAAAUCCUAGGUAUGCUAGUGAAUAUAACUAUUGCUAAAUAAAAAAAAAUCAUAAAUUAUAUCAGCAAACAAAUAAAACAACUAUAAAUGUAAUUAAGAGUUUUCUGUUUUGUUCUGAAAAAUGAUCAAUAAGUAAUAUUAUUUAUAUACAAAUAUUAUACAUCUUUUCAAUACCUAUUCAUAAUUAUCAAAUUAGUAAACAUUAAUCAUAAAAUUGAUGUCCUUGCUUCUUAAUCAAGUUGUUAUACUCUACAUGGCUGAAAAAGCACAUUCAUGUAAUAUCACACUACUAACUGGAAAUGUAUAUGCAAGUGAUAAAAGAUAAUAUAAAUUAGGAAAACAAAAGUUAGAAAAAGGUUUCUACAGUAUUACAUAAUCUUAUUUCUUCAACGCUAUCGUUUCCAGGAUAUAACAGAUGAAUUGUGUUUUAAGCAAUCAUAAUUUCACUUUGUAAAACAUCUAAAUCAGUAUGCAACAACUCCUCAAAAUUAAAUUAAAAUUAUAAAUUUAUGACCGUUUAAUUUUUCUUAUUGCAGUUGAUAUUUAAUAAUGAUUAAUGAAUAAGCCUAUUAGAAUAAUCAAGCAUAAAGAAGAAUCAAAAUUGCUAGUUGAAUCUAAACGUUCAUCUGACAAUAUACAUUUUGAAUUCACAAUUGUUUUUGUUUUUUAUAUAAUAGUGGCGGCACCAAAACCUAUAUACCAAGAAGAAAAUUGGACACGAGCCUUAAUAACAAUUGACAAUUUACCUGAGCAUUAUCAACAUUUGGAAGUUGGUCACCAUUCAAAAAUACGAAAUAUGCUUGGGUUCGCCAUUAAAAGUUUCAAAACUUCUGAUCACAUUCUGAUCAGUGCCAGUGGUCCAUCUGUUAACAAGGCCAUCACAUGCGGCGAAAUAUUUAAACGGCAAUUCCCUCAAAUUAAACAAGUCACUGGUAUUGGAUACAGAAAGUAAGUGAAGUUAAAUAAAACUCCAAUGAAUACAAGAUAAAUAGUUUUUUUUUUAUUAGUAGUAGUAUUGUUAUUAUUUGUUAAGCAUAGUUCACUUUUAUUUAUUAUUAUAUUUUAAUUUUAACUAAUUGUGUCACGCAUGGCACUGUUAAAAAAUAAAUAUCUUAACACUAAACAUUAAAAUAGGAAAAUAAUAAUUUAUUACAAUAUAUAUUUUACACCUACAUUUUAUAAUUUAAAAUAAACUUAGUAAAACUUAUCUUGCAGAACAUAAUAUUAUUAAUAAUAAAUUUAUGUUUUCAGCGUAAGAAUGAUUACAGAAGAGAUGAUUAAUGGUGAAAUUUCGAAGACAAUUACAACCCGUAGAUUGCCUUCAAUCCAUAUACUUUUGUCCAAAAAUCAUCUUCACCCUAAUUUACCAGCCUAUAAUAAUCACGUAAGGUAUGUAAAAUAAUUUUGGUUAGUUGUUUUUUUUUUAAAAAAUAAUAUACAAAAUACAAAAAAAACAUAAAUAAUAAUAUAAACUAAAUUCAUUAAAUGCUUAAUUGUAUUUCCUAUUUCGCUAUACUUGUAUGUAUUAAAUUAAGUGUUUCAUUUUCAGAUACCAAGGAGCUGACAAAGUAUCAGAUCAUGUUACUAGGCCAGUGUCUCGCAAAACUUUUAACAAAAGUGAAUAUCGUGGCACCAAGGAGAACCAACUUAUGUCUCUUUAAUCGAUGUUGUUCCAUCCUCUUCAGUGUGUAUGCCUUGCAUAAUCGCCUCGGGCAUUGGCACAAUGAGGUUUUCUUUUGCCAUUAAACAAUAUUUUAUCACAAAUCUUGUGAACCUUUGGCAUAAAUAUGUUUCAUUCUGUAAUGUUAUAUAAUUUACAUUAGAUUAUAACCGAAUACUUAAUUUUAAUUACCAAUACUGAAUAUCAUUAUAUACUUUUAACUAUACUCGUGAAAACAAAAUAAUUUUUUUUUUAAUACCUCAAAUUUAUUGUAAAUAUUCUGAUGAUGGUAGUAAGCGUGAGAAAAUAUCCUAUAAACACGCCGACAAACAGAUCCCAGUUUCGCCACAGAAGAUUCUUUGAUAUUAACUCUGAAAUAAUAAAUUUAAAUUAAAACAUGUUUACUAUUGUUACUAUAUAAGAUAAUAUAAUAUUUAUUUUAUUUUAAAUAAAAACAUAACAUUGAUAACAUUUAUAAACACUUAGAAAUUAAUUCCGAAAGUUAACAAUUUGAACAGUAAUUUUAUAAGUAUAACUACAUAAAUACAU